UGAUUUCCUUCGCUUCUGCUCUUAGCUGCUGCUUUUUUCUUAUACCUGCGACCUCUCUAAUCUCUCUUGACUACUCAUUCGCCUAAUUAUUCAACAAAGCUUCCUUCUUUCUUAAUUAAGUGUAUAUCAAAGCAGGUGACAUUAGAGGAAGUGUGCUGGAUAUUGCGGAGUGGGGGAAAUGGCUGGAGUUGCAAUUGAGGAGGGCGGAGCUGGAAGAUCAUUUGAAGGGGUUUCAACUGGGCAACAGCAGCCACGAUGUCAAACUGGGGAAGCAUUAGCUGAAUGGAGGUCUUUAGAGCAGGUUGAAAAUGGGAGUCCAUCUACUUCUCCCCCUUACUGGGACAGUGACGACGAUGAUGAUGGAGGACCAAAGCCACCCGACUUAUAUGGAAAGUAUACUUGGAAGAUUGAUAAGUUUUCUCAAAUCAACAAAAGAGAACUUCGUAGCAAUGCAUUUGAAGUUGGAGGCUACAAAUGGUAUAUUUUGAUUUAUCCACAAGGAUGUGAUGUCUGCAAUCAUCUCUCUUUGUUUCUUUGUGUAGCAAAUCAUGACAAGCUUCUUCCUGGUAUGGCACAUUACAGUGGGUGGAGUCAUUUUGCCCAGUUCACAAUUGCUGUUGUGAAUAAAGAUCCAAAAAAGUCCAAAUAUUCUGAUACGUUGCAUCGUUUUUGGAAGAAGGAACAUGACUGGGGAUGGAAGAAAUUUAUGGAGCUAUCAAAGGUGCUGGAUGGGUUUAUUGAUGCUGAUACUUUGAUAAUUAAAGCUCAAGUUCAGGUUAUCAGGGAAAGAGCAGAUCGACCUUUUCGUUGCCUUGACUGUCAGUAUCGGAGAGAACUUAUAAGAGUUUAUUUAACGAACGUUGAACAGAUUUGUCGGCGUUUUGUGGAAGAACGUAGGACAAAACUUGGAAAGCUACUAGAGGAUAAAGCUAGAUGGUCUAGUUUCUGUGCUUUCUGGUUGGGUAUGGACCAAAGUUCUCGUCGCCGUAUGUCACGAGAGAAGUCAGAAUCCAUUCUGAAAGUUGUUGUGAAGCAAUUUUUCAUAGAAAAGGAGGUGACAUCUACACUUGUCAUGGAUUCUUUGUAUAGUGGUUUGAAAGCUCUUGAAGGUCAGAAUAAGGGUAAGAAGAGCAAGGGCAAGUAUUUAGAGGCAGAAGAGUUACCUAUUCCUAUAGUUGGCAUGGAGAAAGAUACAUUCAUUUUGGUUGAUGAUGUAUUGCUAUUGCUCGAGCGGGCUGCUAUGGAGCCUUUACCUCCAAAGGAUGAGAAGGGACCCCAAAACCGUACUAAGGAUGGGACUGUAGGAGAGGAGUUUAACAAAGAUUCUAUUGAACGUGAUGAGAGGAGACUUACUGAAUUGGGUCGCCGAACUAUUGAGAUAUUUGUCUUAGCCCACAUAUUCAGUAAAAUUGAGGUUGCAUACCAAGAGGCUGUUUCCUUGAAGAAGCAAGAAGAACUCAUCCGUGAAGAGGAGGCAGCUUGGCUUGCUGAAAUAGAGCAAAAAUCCAGGCGAGGAAUUGAUAAGGAAAAGAAGUCUAAAAAGAAACAGGGAAAACAGAAAAAGAAUAAUCGAAAAGGAAAGGAUAAAGUAAAGGAUGACAAAACCAGCUGCACUGUCCACGACAAGAUCGAGCAAGAAAUAAUAGAGAUAGCUGCUGAGCCAGAAAUUAUACUUGAGAAAACCGAAGCAGUUGAAGAUGCUUCUGAUGCAUCCGACUCUGUAGAUGGUGUUCCUGAAAUACUCCUACCAGAUUCUGAUGACAGAGAUGUCAGUCCUGUCAAUUGGGUGACAGAUACUUCUGAAGUGCAUCCUCCCAUAGAAGCGAUUGGCAGUGCGACUAGAGGUCUUCCUGCUGUGCAGAAUGGCACAGAUGGAAGAGCUCUAUCUGCUGUAGAUGAUAGCUCUUCAACUUGUUCCUCUGACUCUGUGCUUUCUGUUAGAUCUGGGCCACAGAGAGGCAAUUCUUGUUACGAUAAAAUUAAAAACCAAAAGUCAGCGACCACAGGGAGGAACAACCACAGCAAGAAAACUUCUAGCACAUGUGAUUGGGUUAAUGAAGAACUUAGGCAGCCAUUUGAAGCUGUUCAAGAUGCAAGGAAUACAAAUGACGCAUCUCAAUGUCCAAGUUCUGUUGACAAUCUGUCCCAGACCGCUAGCCGGUCUUUUCAGGAGAAGGUGAGGAAUGGGAAUGUGCAUGAAGCAGGGAAAAAGGUUGAAGAAACUGGUUCCAUGCAUAAAAUUUCAAAAGCUAAAGACGCCAUCGAAGUUAAAUCAUGUGGGGAUAGUGUUGCACAUGUAACUUCCUCGCCCAAGAGCCCUUCAAAUGGAACACCGUUAGUUGCUCCAGUGAGAGUGGAUACGAAGAGCAAUGCUCCAGUUAGUCAAGUCCUGGUCAAGAAACCAUCUUCAGAUAGUCCUAAACAAACUGGUAACACUGUCCUUUCGGCAAAUUUAUCUGAAAAUACUCCCUCACCUAAACCUGUACCACAUAAGUUUGCUUCCUUAAGACCUGCUGACAAGCCUGCUGGACAUCAAAAGCAUGUCACAAAUGAAAAGAUUCCGACACAGGAAGUGAUGGAGCCCCCCCCACAGAAGGUUGCAGCCUCAAAACCUGCUGAGAAACCCUCUGUCUCUGGAUAUCAGAAACCCGUUGGAAUGGAAAAGCUUCCCUCACAAGAAGUGCCAGUCACAUCCGACAAGCCCUCCAUUCCGCCUAUACCUGUAGUGUCAAGACCCUUGAGUGCCCCUCUAGUAGCUGGUCCUAGGCCUGUGGUUUCCAUGGUUUCAAUGGUGCAAACAGCACCUGUGCUGGCACGCUCAGUUAGUGCUGCUGGUCGGCUGGGCCCCGAAAGUACUGCGUAUGGAACACAGAGUUACCUUCCACAAUCCUAUCGAAAUGCAAUGAUGGUUGGUCCUCUUGCUGGAAGUUCGUCUACCUAUUCUCAGAAUCAUUCUGCCACUUCAGUGGUAAAUCCGUCACAUUCUUACUCACAGGCACCCACACUUGGAUCUGCACCUCUAUUUUCACAGCACAGCUCCGAUAGAAUGGAUACUAAUCCGACCAAGCCUAGCCUGUCGUUCGGAAUCUUGAAUCACCAUGAUAAUGUGUUGCAGAAUGGGUCUCUCUGGAUGGAUCGCCCACAGAGAGGGGUGGACGGUAACAGAAAUAUACAUGGUGAUCAUAAUUCAUUAGCAAAUGAUCUUCAUGGUCUCAAAUUGAAUGGACCGAUGCAUAGCAGAUCACAAGAACACCUCCCAUCCGAGUAUCCAGCCUGCACCUCGGGCCGCCUAAACCACCAUGUACUGCCAGAUGAAUUCCCACACCUCGACAUCAUCAAUGACUUGCUCGAUGAUGGUCAUGGAGUUGGAUUGGCGUCCAGAGCUAACUCUGAUUAUCAAAUGUUCAGCAGUUCGCCCCAUCACAUCAACAGGCAGUAUACCUUCCCCGGUGACCCCAGUAUGUCUAGUGGGGCUGGCCCGUCAGCAAGUGCGUGCAGGUUCGACAGAACAAGAAGUUAUCAUGAUGACGGUUACCAACACAGCUACGGUGUUCCUGGGAGAAGUUACGACACACUCAGGGAUAUGGUCUCACCGGCUAGUUCACGGCCGUAUGUGAAUGGGCAUGUCGAUAGUUACAUGGCGAGCCAGUGGCAGAUGGGAAGUUCGGAUGCACCGUUGUUGAGGAAUAUGGACAGUGAUGGCUAUCCUUAUAAUUUACCAGAGUAUCAGAACCUCAGUGUAGGCAUGAAUGGCUAUGCAGUAUUCAGACCUUCAUCAAAUGGACUUUGAAAAGUUGGAAAUAGAAUGUGACGAUGGCCUAAAACUCAGCUUGUACUACGAAAUAAUUUAUAUCCAAGGGGAAGAAAAAAAGAUGUGAUGGUUUUUAGAUUUGAAGUUGAGGUUGUAACCUUUAUGUUAAAGAUUACAUCUUGUAAAGGGGUUUUUCUGCUUUUUUUUUUCUCAAAUGUUAAUGUUCCUGAAUAAUGUUGGUCUCAGUUUAGCAUUUUCUUGAAUUUGAAUUCUUCCUAUCA